UUAGUUAGCCCGUGGUUUGGAGGAGUUAUUGGAGAAAAGUGAAGUGACAAAAACUAAUUUUGAUGACGUUUAGUGGUGUCUGAUAUAUAUAUAUAAAUCUAUAUAUAAGCGACUGUGCGGCAUUAUUUCGCAGGAAAUGCUCUGCAACUAUAGCUGAAGUAUUUAAAGCAACCAUUAUACAAAAAAAAACAAUUAAAACAGUCCGGUAGAAAACAAAUAUACAAACCACCUUUAAAAAAUAGUAACGCUCUCUCAAACCCCGCCCCCUGCUGAUAACUGGUCUUAAAUGGGACAUUUCCACGCCCAUCUUCAGCUACCAUUGGUAAUGUUCAAGAGGUGAUUUUUUUUUAUAUUGGUGUUGAGGGGAGGGUCUUACGGUAGCUCAAACAGGAAAGACUAGUAGCUUUGUUGUAAACCCAAAUCUUGUCAGCAGGAGCGUUUCCACUGUAGUUCGGUACUGACCCCUGUUUUAUGCUUAGUGGGACCUUGUAGUGAAAGCAGCAUCUCUCCCGUGCAGCUAGUACUGUGUCUCUCAGGAGUGGAGUCUGUCCUUCGCGUAUUAAGAGUGCAGACAAAGAACCUGCACCCACUAUUGUUUUCUUCUUUUAUUUCCUAUGUGGCUGAAUUUCCGUCUUCUGUGGUUAUCAUCUUGAAGAAAGUAAAGUGCCAUAUACUGAGGUGUAUUUUGUGCAAGGGACGUGGAUACUACUGAUUGUUUUGGUCUCCUGUCUGUCCUGAGGCCAACAGCCUGGUUGACAUAUCACAGAUGUUCUGAGCUUCAAAAUCUACUGCAACACGCUUCACUCAAGGAUAGCACAUCUGGAUGGAGAACCUCCCCUCAGAUGAGGAAAAUAAAACGGGCUGCUGCUAACUCAGGCAGAUGGGACCUUAUCUUAUCUGAAGGGCAGUACCCUCAGUAGUGCAACAUCCCUCUUAGACUGCACUUUAAUGACAGUAUUGGGAAAAUGAUCCAAGCACCUGGGGUGCAGGGAUAGAACACACAGCUUUCUGAUGUUAAAGCACCAAAGGAUUCUGAGGCAGUGACUGAAGGGACAGCACCGGCCUUUCCAAUGAGUAACCAUACACGUGAGAGAGUGACAGUUGCCAAGCUUACACUUGAGACAUUUUACAGCAACUUGAUUCUGCAGCAUGAAGAAAGAGAAGCCAGACAAAAGCAUUUAGAAAAGGCUAUGGAUGAUGAGGGCCUAGAAGAUGAUGAGAAAAGGCAACGAAGAUCAGAGCAUGCACGGAAGGAGACUGAAUUCCUUCGGCUCAAGAGGACAAGACUAGGCUUAGAUGACUUUGAAUCUUUAAAAGUCAUAGGGAGAGGAGCAUUUGGAGAGGUACGUCUUGUCCAGAAAAAAGACACCGGUCACAUAUAUGCAAUGAAAAUAUUGAGAAAAGCAGAUAUGCUAGAGAAAGAACAGGUGGCACAUAUUCGAGCAGAACGAGAUAUAUUGGUUGAAGCAGAUGGCGCCUGGGUGGUGAAAAUGUUUUACAGUUUUCAAGACAAAAGGAACCUAUACCUUAUAAUGGAAUUCCUUCCAGGAGGUGAUAUGAUGACUUUGCUUAUGAAGAAAGAUACACUGUCUGAGGAAGAAACUCAGUUCUAUAUUGCUGAAACUAUAUUGGCAAUAGAUUCAAUACACCAGCUGGGUUUUAUCCAUCGAGACAUUAAACCUGAUAACCUACUGCUAGAUGCAAAGGGUCAUGUAAAGUUAUCUGAUUUUGGAUUGUGUACUGGAUUGAAGAAAGCCCACAGAACGGAAUUCUACAGAAAUCUCACACACAAUCCCCCAAGUGACUUUACUUUUCAGAACAUGAACUCCAAAAGGAAGGCAGAAACCUGGAAGAAGAAUAGACGGCAGUUGGCAUACUCCACAGUUGGAACACCAGACUACAUUGCUCCAGAGGUAUUUAUGCAGACAGGAUACAACAAACUCUGUGACUGGUGGUCCUUGGGCGUCAUUAUGUAUGAAAUGUUAAUAGGUUACCCUCCCUUCUGCUCUGAAACUCCUCAGGAAACCUACAGAAAAGUAAUGAACUGGAAAGAAACCCUUGUAUUCCCUCCAGAAGUGCCUACCUCAGAGAAGGCCAAGGACUUGAUAUUAAGGUUUUGCACAGAUGCAGAUAGUCGAAUUGGAGCUUCAGGCGUUGAAGAAAUAAAAACACAUGCUUUCUUUGAAGGAGUUGACUGGGAACACAUCAGAGAGAGACCAGCAGCCAUUUCCGUAGGAAUUAAAAGUAUCGAUGACACGUCCAAUUUUGAUGAGUUUCCCGAGUCAGACAUCUUACAGCCAGGUGAGGGAAGCACCAUGAAGAAAGCACAUCUGAAUCCUGGACUGUACAUAUCUGUGCAAAACGCAACAGAACCUGACUAUAAAUCCAAGGAUUGGGUGUUUCUAAAUUAUACCUACAAGAGGUUUGAAGGACUCACACAGCGUGGCUGUAUCCCCUCCUUCAUUAAAGCGGGGAAGUUGUGAAAAUCAUGGAGCAGCUUUUACAGAGCUGUAACAGUUUGCCUACAGCUCCUUGUUUAACUGAAGUAUUUAUACAGACUAAUAGCGGACAUCAGAUUUGCAGCAAAAUUCUACUGGAUUAGGAUUUUGACAAUGACUACUAAUGUAAACACCCAGCCGGUUCCAAGUGCCACUUGGUAGAUCCAGCUGGUAAAACUCCUCUUUCUUUAGAGGUUCCUUUGAUUUGUUUCAUGUUCUCCUUAUUGAAUGGAAGGUACUAGACUAAGGAGGGGACACAUAUUGUCUUGUGUCUACACUGCCUUGUAUAGGCUGAGGCUUCCAGUGACUAUGCCAUUUGGCUUGCUGUAUAGUUGUGCUGUCAUUACAGGGUUAUCACCAUAAGGUGGUCUUGCUAGUUUGUGGCUGCCAAAAAGCACUCAAAAAUCUUUUGUAGUUUGUACUUCCUAACUUUUCAUUUUAUGUUACCUGUAUGUUUAAAAGAGGAGAAGAAUGACAGUCUAAUUAGUGACAGUAAUUAAGAAUUAUUCAGUGUAGUUCAGAAGUCAGCACUUUGGUAUAUCAUGGAUUUCUUGAACUAGUUUGGACUAGCACACAUGUUUGCAGACUACUGAUUGUACAUCAGUUGAAAUAAGAGAAUAUUCAUUCUUUUGUUUGUGCACAGUGACAGAGUUAGCAAAUGUCACAUGAAAAUUGGCAGUAUUUAAUUAAUGCCUUUUUUUACUGUACAUUUGGUGUACAUCUCUAUCACUUUAAAAGGCACUGUCUUUUGAUUGGCUGUACACUGGAAAACUGGAAAGAACUGUUUGUCCAAUAUCUAGCUACUUAACUGGAGUUGUCAGGCAUAAUCUGAAAAGUGGCAGUGAUUAUUUGUUGUUUGUUACUCUGUUAUUUACUUAACAUUUUUAUUGGUGAAAGUUCAUUUUUUUUUAAUUAAUCUAUCCAUCCCUCCAACUCUACACAGCCUCUGGUUGUACCCCAUGCUGAAUGUCACCUUUUACCAGAUGGGCUUCUCAGCUGUGUGAGAAGUCAGUUUUUCUGAAACUUGGUGCUAGGCUUGAGGAGGGAGGGCUUCUUAGACGUGAUGAAAGUGCGUAGCCAGGAGCCAUCUUUCUUAUGGCAUCCAGUCAUGGUUCCUAGCUGUGGGAGUGGCUAGUGCAGUAACGUCAGGACAUCAUUGCCACCUCCCCUGUAUUAACUUGAGAUGCCCUCUGAGGAUUGUAGUUUCCAUCAGAGGUCUCUGAAGUAUUGGUCCCCCCCGGAUAGGAUACCUGCCAUCAGCUUCUUAAUGCUAUUCCCUUUCCCAUUACAAUCUUGUCAGUGGUCCAGGUUCAUUCCUGAGCUUGGUUCACUGUUGAAGCAGAUAGACUUCCUGCCUCUGCACCAUCACCAUCAGUUUUCUUUUUUUAAUUUAUAAGGUGUCUGUAAUUUCCUUGGAUGUUUUAGGUUCAACUUUUUGUUUGUUUGUUUUUUUAUAUCUUCAGAUUUAUAACACAUAGUGUAGGUGAUACUUUUAAGAGUUUAUUUUUGUCUGGUGGGCUGGCCUUUGGAUCUUUGUAUUCCUUUCCACUGUAGAUCUUACUUAUGAUCCCAUAUGUUAUCAUUUGGGACCCUUACUUUUAAAACUGUUGGGGAUCCCCAUGAAAGCAUGCCCAUGGGUGAUAGUAGGAGGUGUACUGAUAGCCCAAAGGGCACACUUAUUUAGGUAUUCCUUUUACCAUGUACAGGGCACAUUCAUUAGUGUGUUUGUAUGUCAUAUUACAUAACUAAGCCCACUUAAUGCAAGAGACUACCACAAAGCAAUGGAAUGCUGAGUGCAUUAUUUUUUGCCAGCCACUGCUGUCUUACAAACUGUGAAAUUAGAAGGCUUGGGGCUUAUGAAGAAUUUGCAAUGAUUAUCAUGUAUUUUGAAACACUAUAAAAAGUAGCCAAAUUGAAGUUUUUGUUACUUUAAGAAUCAUUAACCAUGCAACAGAAAAACAACUGGAAAAUGUUAUUUACCUUUUCAUUCACUGUAUUUUUCUGCCUGUUUUCAAGUUGGUUGGUAUUAGUCAUGUGCUGAGUGAGUUAAUUUAAGGCCAUAAAAUGUGCCACUUCCCUGAUUCGAUUAUUGUUUUUUGUUUUAUUAAACCAGUGUGCUUCA